CCGCCGCCGCCGCCGCCGCCGCCGCCGCCGCCAGGGAAUAAUCUGGGCGGCAGCGGGCGGCCCCCGCUAGCGGCCACGAGCCACUUCUGCGGGUGCCGGGAGGAGCUGCGGCUGCCGGUCUCGAGUCGUCCCCCUCUCCGCCCCCCAGGAGGGGCGUGAGGAGCCGCGGCUGCUGUCAGGAAAUUUUAUAGGAUAGCUGAGUGGGACAUAUAUACUCUUCACCCAUGAAGGCCUACCUUUCUGAACCUUAGAAUGCAGUUAAGAUAGAGCAAAGGAAAAAUACACUUUCGGGAAAUGGCCUCUAAAUCUUGGGUGAAUUUUUUAACCUUCCUUUGUGGAUCAGCAAUUGGAUUUGUUUUAUGUUCUCAGCUAUUUAGUAUUUUGUUGGGAGAACAGAGUGAUGCCCAGCCCAAUAUUCUUCAUAAUGAUCCUCAUGCUAGGCAUUCAGAUGAUAAUGGACAGAAUCAUCUAGAAGGACAGAUGAACUUCAAUGCAGAUUCUAGCCAACAUAAAGAUGAGAACACAGACAUCGCUGAAAACCUCUAUCAGAAGGUUAAAAUUCUUUGCUGGGUUAUGACAGGGCCUCAAAAUCUAGAGAAAAAGGCCAAACACGUCAAAGCUACAUGGGCCCAGCGUUGUAAUAAAGUGUUAUUUAUGAGUUCCGAAGAAAAUAAAGACUUCCCUGCUGUGGGAUUAAAAACCAGAGAAGGCAGAGACCAACUGUACUGGAAAACAAUUAAAGCUUUUCAGUAUGUUCAUGAUCAUUAUUUAGAAGAUGCUGAUUGGUUUAUGAAAGCAGAUGACGAUACGUAUGUUAUACUAGAUAAUUUAAGAUGGCUUCUCUCAAAAUACAACCCUGAAGAACCCAUUUACUUUGGGAGAAGAUUUAAGCCCUAUGUAAGACAGGGCUACAUGAGUGGAGGAGCAGGAUAUGUACUGAGCAAAGAAGCCUUGAGGAGAUUUGUUGAUGCAUUUAAAACAGACAAAUGUACACACAGUUCCUCCAUUGAAGACUUAGCUUUGGGGAGAUGCAUGGAAAUUAUAAAUGUAGAAGCAGGAGACUCCAGAGAUACCACUGGAAAAGAAACUUUUCAUCCUUUUGUACCAGAACACCACUUAAUCAAGGGUUAUCUACCUAGAACCUUUUGGUACUGGAAUUAUAACUAUUAUCCUCCUGUAGAGGGUCCUGGUUGCUGUUCUGAUCUCGCAGUUUCAUUUCACUAUGUUGAUCCUACAACUAUGUAUGAGUUAGAAUACCUCGUUUAUCAUCUUCGUCCAUAUGGUUAUUUAUACAGAUAUCAACCUGCCUUACCUGAGAAUAUACUAAAAGAAAAAAGUCGAGCGUACAAAAAUGAAGAUCCAAAAGUACAGUGAGAACCCUUGAAAGAAAAACAUAAAUGAAGAGGUAAAAUGUCUAACAUUGCACUGAAGAACUUCUACAUUUCUGAUACAGAACACUGGAAUCCCAGUGAGGAAUUCUUCCUAAGUGAACAUUCCAUAUUAGAGAAAUCUUUCAUAUGAAUGACUGUAAACUGAAGCUUUAAGUGAGCUGUGAAGUCUGUUAAAAUGUGUUUUGAUACAUAUAUAUAUAUGUGUGUGUGUGUAAAUAUAUAUAUAUGUGUGUAUAUAUAUAUAUGUAUGUGUAUAUAUAUAUAUAUAUAUAUAUAUAUAUAUAUAUAUAUAUGAAAAACUUGUGUUUUUAAAAUGGUGGCCAGGCAGAGGAACUAGAAAUGAGAUUUUUGUUUUCUAUUCUUGACCACAUGUAUUAUUUUCACAGAGAAACUAGAACAUUUAAAUUUUCUAAAACUACACUGCACAUAUUAGUAACACAUGAUGCUAAAUAGAUCUGCCUUAAAGAAAAUUUUAGAAAUAUUGUUGCGUAAUAUUAUUUAUAAACUCAAGAUAUGAGUUUAUAUUUGCAGUAUGAUAUAAAUGAACCAAACCCACACCCCCACACACUCACACAUGCAGUUUUUGUCUAAUGAAAAUUUUCCUGUGACUAUAGUUGGCAAUAUUUCUUCCGGGCAAGGUUAAAGUAAGAAUGGCACUUGUCCUAAAGUGCAUUAAUAAAGCCACAUUUUGAAAUUAUAUGGGCCUUGACUGUAUUAUAUAUAUUCUUGGUUCUAAUUAGUAGUUAAUGUUUUACUGAGUCCCCGUUGUCUCUUUUCUAAAUAUGUUUAUUCUUGAAUAUGAUUUUAAUUAUUAAUAUUUAUGUACUCAAAACAUUAAUAGCAUUCUAUAAACACAUUUUAAAAUAUUUUGUUCCCAAAUUUACCCAUUGUUAAUUGUGGGUAACUAAUAAAUAGUAAAUUUAAUGCUAUUUGGGGAUGCUUUUCUUAGAUCAGAAGCACUCUCAGGAAUUACUAAGUGACAUUUUAAAUGGAAUAUGUAAAACUCUUUUCAACUACAUAAUUAUAGUUCCUUUUGUUAUCAUUUUGUUGAGAGUUGAGAAUUAUGUUUGUGCCUUUCAUAACUUGUUUAAAGCAAGGUUAAGACAUUCAUUUUUAGGCUCUGAGGUGGCUAUUAGUUGCAUUGGCAAAAUAAUUUGAAUAUACGAGUUUGAUCAGAGGUCAUUAAAAACAUUAGAAAUACAGAGUGCUUAAACAAACUGAAAUAUGCCAGAUGUUAAAAGACCAAAUACUUAAUUCAUGAACAACAGCCUGAAUUUUGAUGCUGACUUACUAUUUGGGGGUUUGUUUAUUGAUUGGUUUUUGGUUUUGCCAAUGGAUAAUUCUAACGGAGCAGAAUACCAUUCAACACUGUCAUCAAAAAUAUAUUCAUAAAUAUUUCAUUCUAAUUUUAGUGACCUUCUAUUUAAAGGAUUUCUGGAAGGAAAGAAUAUUUUGCAGACUUUCUAUAAGAUUAUCUUAAAUGUAACAAAUGAUUUACAUUUUUUAUGUUUAUCAUCAUGCUAAUUUUACAUGGCUUUCAUGCCCUUGAAUCUGCUGCUUAGCUAAAGAGUUUAUAUUUAUUGUGCCAAAACAUGUCAAAAAUCAUCUCUUUGGAUGGUGUAUUGAAAAGAUGUUCAUCUUGGUGACAAUUAGUGGUAAUUAUGGAUUAUUCUGUUCACACAGUGAAAAGUCACACCUGUUUUUACCUUAAAUUGUCUUUUUUUUUUUUUUUUCAUAGCACUAUCAUCUGCCAGAAUUUCAAGGCAUUCAUUCUGUUCUUUAAACAACUCUUCACCUUGGUGUCAAUAUGAAGUUAUUUGCAGUCCAUAUAUGCUACUUUCUAAAAACCUGAAAAUUUACUCAUAGGAAAUUAACAUGGUGAUGAAUCCUGGGAUCUGGAGUCAGAUUGCCUGGGUUUAAAUUCUUGAUCUGUCACUUAUUAGUUUUGUAACCUUAAGCAAUUUUAAUCUCUCUGUGCCUCAAUUUUCUCUAUUAAGUUAAGGACAGUAAUACUACCUACCUCACAGGAUUUUAACAAGAAUUAAAUGAGUGAAUAUAUGUACAACUUUUCGAACACUUGUCUGGCCCAGCCUAUGGAGCAAUAAGUAUAAGGUUUUAUUAUUCUGUUACCUUAGAGUAUAAAUAUUUGUUCUAAAUGAAUGAAAAAUCUGCUUUAAUCAAAUUAGAUAUUGGAGGAAGUAUUUCAUACAAUUCUUAAGUAAUAGCUAGUUUUUAUCUAAUGCCUACUCUAUGCCAUCUAGUGUGCUUAGAUAUUCUGUGUGCAUUAGUGUUAAUCUUCACAAAUUGGGUGUUCUUUCUGUAUUGUAGAUGAGAAAACUGAGGCUCAGAGAAUUAAAGUAACUUUUCCACUGUCACAGAGCUAGUAAUCACAGAGCCAGGAUUUAUGCUCAAAGACUGUGUGUUCUUUAUACCAUAUCACCUUUGAGGUUAAUCAUUUAGUACUAUUUCCAGUUUUACUUACUAACAUGUGUGAUCUGAUACAUCAGCCAGUAAUAGUCAUAUUAACCAGGCAAAUUGUCGUAGUGGCUCUCAAAUUGUGGUUCUUCUUUUCUUGCCUGGGAGCUUGUUAAAAUGCAUAUUUCAAGACCCCAGUCCCAGAAAUUCUGAUUCUAGCAUGAGAACCGUUAGUAUGCAUUCUUACCAGAUUCCCUUGCUCACUGGUUUUCAAAGUGUUGUCCCCAACUAGCAGUAUUUGCCUCAUCUGGGAACUUGGAAAUGCAUCCUUUCCUGGGCCCCCACCUCUGACCUCCUGAGGUGGAGGCUAGCUGUAGUGUUUAAAUAAGCCCUCCUGGUGAGUCCUAUUCAUUCUAGUUUGGGAACCAAGGCCUGGGUGAUUCUGAUGCAAAUGAUCCUUGGGAUGUGCUGAAGAUUUAUUGCCCCUUAAGUAGGAUAUCUUUCAAAGAUUUAAAUAAAGCAAGUUUUAAAUCUGUGUUUUCCAAGAUCAUACCAUAUUAAAUGUCAGAGAUUUUAAAGAUAACCUGAAGGGUCCGUGGAUCAUUCAGUUUUUGACAAAAUUCUUUGGCUUCUUCAGGUUCCACUAAUGUCAGGGCCCACAGUAACUAACAUAUUUAAUUCUCCAAGCUUAGUAAUUUCACAAUUGGGGUGGGAAGAGUUUAUUAAGAACUAGUAAGUACAUACUAAUUCAUUAAAAGCAUAGCUAAAUGAGAGUCCUCACUAGUUAGUAAAAAAAAAUUCUGAUUGUUAAUAAAAAAUUUUAAAUGGAGGUAGCAGAAUAUUACUUUAUAAUAUAUAGAAUGUUUUUCUGCAAAUUAAUAAUAUCAAACUUUGAUCACUGUCAAGAAUCAGUUGACCCUCCAUAUGACCUCAUACAGCAAAAAAUUUUCCCAAGUAUUCAGCAGAGCACAUAAAACCGGAUUUCAUGGUGAUAACUUACUGUAUUUUAAAUUGAGAUCUUUGUCAUUUGGAUAAAUGGUUUUAGUGUUGUUUCAAAAUAUAAGGCUUUUGCUAUGUUUAUGUUUCCCAGGAACAGUAUACUGUAUUUCAAGUGGGAAGUUCAUAGGUGAUACAAAGCAGAUUUUUGUCUCAGAGUUCAAUUAUUUGUUUUCAAAUAUCUUAAAUUUCAGAGGAAUUUUUGUUACUGUAAGAAGACUCAAAAUAAAUUACUGGCCAGUUUUUGGUAUUUUUUGAAAUACGGUAAUUGCAUUUGAGCAUUAAAUUUGUUAACGGGUUAUUUUCAUAAUUGUUUGAGUAUUAAUUUUUCAUUUCCUUGAGCCUAUCAAAAAUACUAUCAAUGAUAGUAUUUUCAGAUUGAGACUUGAAAAACUGUCUCACUUUAUGAUUAGAUCAAGUCUAUCCUUUUGUUCUUCAUUUAAAUUUUCAGUUCAUUAGAGUAUUCUGUCUUUGACAAUUCCUUCUUCUUUGUAUUUGUUGCCCUUUAUUUUCUUUACAACUAAUUUCCAUUUUCUAACUAUUCUUAAUGCUGCCUUUGCACGGUUAAUUUGGCUGUGAUUAGUGAUUAGAAUUUGUAUCACUUACUAAUAAUUUUAUACCUAUUAACUUUAGAUUUCCCUAGGAGAUUGGAAGUAAAAAAAUCUAAGAAUAAUGCCUGCUGGCUCUCAGGAUACUUGCCCUACUUAAAUGUCUACAGUUUUAAACUAAUUCUAGAUACACAAUUAUUAAAUGAAGUAAAGUUAUUUGGAUUUCAUUUCCUCUACCCCUUUUUCUCAAAAACAAACCAAAAAAACCUCAUUUGCCUCAUUUCUCUAUUGUAGGCCUGACAGAAACGCUCUUAUGCAAGCUGGGGGACAACCUAUGGUUUAUUUUAUACUAAAUGUAAUCUCUGUUAAUUUAAAAAUACAACUUAUGUUUAUAUAUCGGAGUUGAAAUAGAAGUUUUAAUACAGAUUUGAGUAAAAAACUUUACAAAUUCUCUCCAGAGAAAUCGACUCUAAAACUGGCUCCAGAAGUGAAUAGUGCUCUAUUUCAACUCCUUUUACCUUUUUAGCUCUCUAGUUUUUAGUUUAUAUCAGUUCAGUUUAAAUAAUUUUGCAGGGCCCUACAAAUUAAUAAUCCAUAUGAAGUAUAUAUUAGAGGGAAACUAAUCUUACUGCUAAGCAGUGUGUUAUAUUACACAGUAAAUAUUUGUGUUUUGGAAUUUAAAAAUUAUGUAAGGUAAUAGUAUGAAUGAUUUAAAAAUGUGUGGUGACUUGAUUAUUUUAAGUGAUCCACCAAUAAGUCAGGAAAAAAUGUAUUUUUAAAUGUUUCUUAAAGUGCCUUUUGAACAUUUUUAAACAAUGGAUUUAAACAACCACAUAAAAUAAAUUACCAUGUUUAAA